GUGAAGUGAAUGUACGGCGCUCAACGAUCCGGUUUUGCAUUAUGAACUCAUUCAGUGUCCAUCCUACCGAUGCCUUUCACAGAGUAGAUGACUCUCGAUGCACACCAUGGGAAUCAGAAAAGUUGCCAUAGAAACUUGGAGCACUUCUGGCUUCUCAGAGACUGACUCUCUGCAGGCUUUACGCUGGAUUGGAUCUCGGACUUGGUUUCUAUAUCACGCGAGCUGUUUUGAUUCUAGAGAGCUUGAGAGGCAGACUCCAUCUCAUUGCAGGACUACACAGGAAAUUACGGUCGUCGAUUUUGUGCAAUGUCAAGUGUUCGUCGACUCGGUCAUGUAUUGGAGUUUCGUUUUUUUCAGAGGAGAGGGAUGCGGCAGUAAUCGGCAGAGCAAAACUCCGCCUGGCCUCGGGAGGUGGUGCCAAAUUUGUACGAGGAGUGGGAUGGAGCUGAGUUGAGUGCUGUGUGAGUGAAAUUUCCGGUUUAGUGGAUGUAGAUGGCCAAGAGGGACUUCGAGACUUGUUGCCUAGAGUUUGUGUGUUUCACGGUUGUUUUAUAGCAUUCCAAUCCCGGACCCGGACCUCUUUCAGCCUGUGAAUUCACGACUGUACUCCUGUCGAAGCUCAGAUCAACGACAAACCACUCUCCAUUCUGAAUCCUAUGUGCGGGUUUGAACAUGGAAAUCUAGUGAGGGGUGAUGCGAACGCAUGCAGAGCGAUGCAUGUGACCACGCCUCUUUUAAACCUGAAUUGUUCAAGUGUCAAUGUACAUUGACGAGUUUGCAUGUGCGAACUCGUCAGAGGCACUUCCUUUUAUUUCCUCAUGUUGUGACUGCGAGAUGACAAUUUCUUGCAGUCUCAUAAAGGUGGGACCGAGAGCUAGCUGUGGCGGGGCGAUCAUUUAGAGGCCGAAUCUGGCCACCUUAGGUUCAUUGGAAUUGGAGUCAUCAUGACUCAUGUCUGGUAGGGUCUGACAGGUUCACCUUGGCAAAAUCUUCAGACAUCUUCAUGUCUGAAGAGUUUGCCAAGGUGAACCUCCAUGGCGUUUCCAUCCCAUUCACCACCCUACCCUCAACCUCCUCAUCUCAAAUUCUACCAACACUGUGGCACAAGUUCAGACACAUACGCUUUUGAUCAAAGAACAUAUAAUGAGUGAGUGAGCCAGUUGAAUGGUUGAGUUGAUGGUGAAGUGGAUUUCAUACCACCUGCAUGGGUGUGGAGAUAUAUUCAUCGUAGGAGUGCCCUCCACAUAUUUUAGAAAGGAAUCUGGUGGGAAAAACUGUUUACUCAUUGUUGGAGUGCCUCUCGCGAGACACUUAGUCGCAUGGACGAGCAUCGCAUGCGCAAACAAUCAUGAUCCUCUCAGAGAUCACAGCCAGUCUUUUUCCAAAAAUUACUCUUCCGUCCCUUCCCACAGCAAUUGGUUAGGUAUGAAAGUGUUUUCAGUCGGAUUAGAUAUUGAUUUGGCUCCCUUUAACACCUUAGCUAGAGACCUCGAUGACAAACACGCAUGAAAUCUGCUUUUUCUGCUUAUUUUUCAAGGUAUUGAAGGAAAUAGUUUAUUUAUACACUAUUUCUUUACUUUGUUAUUCUUUGGCCGAGACUGUAACCCAUCCACUCGAUAGGCUUCUAAACCGAGUUUGACAUGGUCUUAGCUUUCAAAUUUUCUACUUCCAAGAGUCCUUCACUCACCAUACAUGUUCAGGAUGUUUAUAUGAGGAGAACACUUAUAGAGGGUGCCGCCCAAAGCGGUGUUUAGACCUAGAUAGGGAAAGCAAUUAAUGGCAGUAACGAGAUCUCUACUCUUCUAUUCUACUGACGUGUUGAUUUCAUUCCAUCAAUGGAUGCAUUCCAACACCAUACUGUAAUUUGACCCUGUGCUCCUCAAGAUUCCACAAGGAGCAAAAAGUAAUUUUUUCAUACGGUAGUAAUAUAAACAUAAUAGAGUAAUACAAAAGAUAA